UAUAUAGCUGAGUGGUGGCCUGGGGAAGGUGUUCCUGAGAAGUGCUGGCUCCAGGCUCCAGAGGCCACAGAAGCAGACUACAAGAUUCUCACACCAUGAAGAGCCGUCUGGUCACGUGGGGGUUGGCCAUCCUCUGCAUGCUGCUUGCUAGCCACCUCUCCAUGGCCAAGGGGAGGGGCAUAAAGCACAGGUUCAAGUGGAACCGGAAGGCCCUCCCUAGCGGCGGCCAGAUCACCGAGGCCCGGGUGGCCGAGAACCGCCCAGGAACCUUCAUCAAGCAAGGCCGGAAGCUGAACAUCGACCUCGGGGUGGAAGGCAACAGAUACUACGAGGCCAACUACUGGCAGUUCCCGGAUGGGAUCUACUACGAAGGCUGCUCUGACGCCAACGUGACCAAGGAGAUGCUGGUGGCCAGCUGCAUCAACGCCACCCAGGCGGCCAACCAGGCUGAGUUCUCCCUGGAGAAGCUGGAGAGCAAGCUGCACCAGCGAGUCCUGUGGCGGCUGAUCAAAGAGAUCUGCGCCACCAAGCGCUGCGAGUUCUGGCUGGAAAGGGGCGCGGCCCUGCGGGUCGCCGUGGAUCAGCCAGCCGUGGUCUGCCUCCUGGGCUUCAUCUGGUUCAUUGUGAAAUAAGCCACAAAGAGGCUGGCAGCCACCGAGAUGGGACUUUCUAUACGUAGCCCAGGUUGGCCUCAAACUCAUGAUCUUCUGGCCUCCUCCUCCUCCUGAAUGCUGAGAUUACAGACAUGCCAUCAAGCCCAGAUGUGUGUUGACUUCCGAUGUCCCCUGGCCCUGUAUGUGUUUUUAGGUAUCCUCUGAGCAUCUCUAAUAUGCUUCCUUUCGACAGAGUUCUCCACAAUCACUAUUGGUUUUUUAAAACCACUUCAAUAACCUCUGUGAAUUAUUUAACACUACAAAAAUAUAAUUACUGGCCAAAAAGCCUAAGAGAAAUGACAUCUUUAGAGAGACGCAAUAAAGAAUCAUUGUCUGUCAUCACAAGAACUGAUAUAGCCCUUGAAUUUAAAUAUAUGUAUAAAUAUGGAUAUUACUUAAUUUUUUAAAAACAAAUCUAAUCUUUUAAGGUUCUUCCACAGGCCUUCCUCCCCUUUCAGGGUCACCAGGAGCUGCUGAGCCGUAUCUGGAGAUAACUUCUGCUGGGCACAUUCUCUUUUGAAAGGAGCAUCUGCCAGGGGGCUCAGGGAUUGUCACAGGGUUUAUCCGCAACAUUUCAGAACAUGAGUGCUGAUAAACCGUACCCCAUGUGCCUCAUGGGCCGGGUUCCCACUGCUAUCACUUCUUCCCAAGGACACCUCUGGAAGGCUUCACAUGGUAAAGGGACAUGAGGCAGGACAGCCCAAGGACACAUAGCCUUCCACUGGAACUCUCACCCCGGACAGACAGACGGCGCAGAGAAGUCGGCCUGCCGCCAGCAGGACACGCCUCCGCAAUCUGCUGUCUCCUCAUCCUACACCAGAGAGCAGGGGAGAAGCCCAGAGCACAGCGCAUUCCUUGCAUGCCAGUUCAAACAUGAGGCAAGAAAGAAAGACCGGUUCUUGCCUGGUGAUGUUGGUGUUCCAGUGCCCAGCUCAAGGCUUAGUUACCAGCGAACACAAAGCUGUUAGCAGCUUCGUCCUGAUGUGAAAAUGCUUAGGCUGAACAUAGUCCAUGCUCCAUGAUUAUCACUGUGUCCCCUGUAUCAUUGGCCAUCACACCCAGUGAGCCUAACUAUGACAGCAGAUGAAUGUCCAUGUGGUGAUUUGACUGUUUGCUUACUUAGUUUUUAGCUGAGAUGAUCUUGCUCUUACAGAUCAGGAGGAGGACAUUUGAGUCUGGCUUUGGCUUGGCCAGGAGUUUACCAGGUGCCCGUUAAGAAAAGGGCCCUGUGAGGCAUUUCUAGGUUAUUCUAAAAGUUGUGGCUUGACAACAUACACAUUUUUCCCCAGCCAUUGCUUUCUUACCCUUUCCAAGCGUUCCCAAGUUCAGACACCUAGGCUGUAGAACUGCCCAGCAAACUGGCAGCAGAGUGAAAAGCGGCUGCAUCUCCAGCACACAAUUAACUCACUGCUGCUUCCACUUCUCCUGACUGCCCAUAUGCAGAAAUUCCAAAUGCAGUGUAUAGAUUUGCAACCCUGCUACAGGGCGCUGGAUACCUUAGAGCUUUACUUAACUUCACGUGGUGCCUUCUGUCCAUUUUUAGAAUGACUUUUGUUUUCUUGUUUCUCCAGCCCCUCCUCUGCCUUAGGACGAGACCUGUACCCCUUUCCUGUGUUUAAAUGUAAAGACAAGAGUUUGCUUAGUUGCAGCCUUUAAAAAUAUUACAAUCAUGUGUGGUGUUUGUUCCUUCGCAGUUUGCCUUCCCACUUAAUGGCAUGCCAUCAGACUCUCUGGACCAGUGUCUAACUAGCUAACAUGUCCUUUUAGAUGACUGACAUGCUCCCCAGUGUAGAUGUGCUGUGACUGACUUGAACAAUUCCCUUGUUGAGACGCCUUCAGAUUGUUCUUAUCUUGCAAACAAUAAACACCUUUACACAGACA